ACCAGAUGGUCUCCAGAGGACCCUUCCAACCUGGACUUUUCUGGGAUCCAAUGUCCCAGAGCAGGGGCCAACACAGGCCAAGCAAGACAGGCCUGUGGGUCAGGCUCUUGGAGGGUGACCGCAGGAGAGGCCGUCUGGGGCUGUGCUGCCCCUGAGGGCUAGGGGCCCUCUGCAAGAGCCCAGACGAUACCCACUGCUGGCAGGACUGCCGUGGGGAGUCAGCGUGGCAGGAGCAGUGGGGGGAGCUGGCUGUGCACGCGGGCUCCCUCCUGCCCUUCCUGCCUGCUGCAGGAACCUGCCCUUAGUGAGCAGGGAGACUUUUCCCCGCCAGCGGAGCUGCCUUCCCUGGCUUUGUGGAGGAAACUCCCGCGGGUGGUUUGUCAGGAGCCUCCUUAAAGGCAAACCCAGCCCUCUUGGCUGCAUGUCACACCUGGGCUGAACAUGCAAACUCAGAGAGAGCAGGAGAGUGCAGGGAGGGAAGGAGAGCGGGAGCACAAGGCUUGUGUGGGCCAGCCAGGAGCCUUUUGUUCGUCCUCAGCUGCCGCCCGGAGGUGUGAGAGCUCCCUUGGGCAGCCCAGCCCAGGCGCCAGGCUGACCGGACACCCACUCACUGCAGCCGCCAUGGCCAGCGCUGACGCAGACUUGGAGGCGGAGGCACUUCCCCAUAUUUCUAAAGGAGACAUGAAUGAGAUAAGGGCUGCAGUAGAGAAAGGAGACCUCACAGCAGCAGCUACAAAAGCCCAGGAGAUCCUGGCUAAUGAAGAAAAGAUCCAGCUCCACAUUGCUGUAACAGGAGAGUCAGGCUCCGGGAAAUCGUCUUUCAUCAAUGCCGUGCGUGGCCUGCAGGACCAUGAGGAGGGUGCAGCUGAGGUUGGAGUGACAGAGACAACGGUGCAGUGCAGCCCUUAUCCUUGCCCCCAGGACUCCCACGUGACUUUCUGGGACCUGCCUGGCAUUGGGGCACCCAAUUUCAGACCAGACACCUACCUGCAGCAGGUGCAGUUCGACCGCUAUGACUUCUUCAUCAUCAUCUCCUCCAGCCGCUUCACAUGCAAUGCUGCGAUUCUGGCAGAGGCAAUUCAGGCUCGGGGGAAGCAUUUCUACUUUGUGCGCUCCAAGGUGGAUCAGGACGUGAGCAAUGAGCAAAGACUCUACAAUGAGGAGGGAGUCCUGAAGGCCAAAGGGAAGAAAGCUACUGCGACCCGGUCACAGCGCUAUGAUGAGAGGACAGUCCUGGAUAGGAUCCGUCAGGACUGUGAAAGGAAGCUGGCAGAGCUGGGCAUAAGCUCCCCUCAAGUCUUUCUUGUCUGCAGGGAUGGUUUUGGCAGGAAGUACGAUGGUCCCAGACUGUUGUGGACCUUCCUGGAUGAUCUGCCAAGCCAGAAGAAACUCAGCUUCCUACGGUCCCUGGCCGUCACUUCAAAGGAGGUGCUGAGAAAGAAGAAGGAGGAGCUGAUGAAGUAUGUCUGGCUGAAGAGCCUUGCGUCAUGUUUAACACCUGCUGUUCCCUCCAGGGCUCUCCCUACCGCUGUUGAUAUUGCAAUCCUGGUGACAUCCCUGCAAGAGUACUGCCGGACCUUUGGCCUGGCUGAGGACUCCCUCCAGAAACUUGCAGAGCAGGUGGACAAGCCUGUUGAGGAGCUGAAGGCUGUCAUGAGGUCCCCCCUGCACCACGAAAUAUCCAAGGAUCUUGUAAUGAAGCUGUUGACCAAAAGCUUUGGGGGUGCUGUGCAAUACAUUCCACUUGUGAUGAAUGCCUUUUCCAAAGACUGUCAGGUGGUAGGCUGUCUGUUGUCGGCAGCAAUUGCUUUCCCUAGCACGUUCUUUCGGUUGAGGAAUUUCCUGUCUGAUGCUGCUGCUGAUGCUGAACGUAUUCUGCAGCGGGCUUUAGAGGGGACGAGUCAGAAUAGCCCAAAGGGGAGCUGAGCACAAAGUGUGUGAAAGGAAUGUGGGGAGCUCCCAAGAGCAGAGGGGAGAGGGGCUGAGUCCGGCCAUCUGCAUUCUGCACGGGUGGCCAAUGCCUUGCUGUCUGGAAGUGCUGCGGGGUGCUCUGGUGGUGCCGGGGAGUGGGGUGAACUGCUGAAGCGCUGUGUGUCUUGGCACCAGGACAGCUCAGGAGCAGUGUGACCAAGGGGACGCAGAGGUGGGCAUAGCAGGAGACGUUCUCACCUGGAAGCUCUGUGGUUCAGGAGGAGCCUCUCAGGAGGAGCGUCUGGGCAGAGAGGCAUCUCCUUUGGGAGCCACUUGAGGGC